GGCGUUGGAUGCGGUUGUUGGAAGGAGCUUGAGGGAAAGCGCUGAGGUAACUGGGGCCUGGAAACGAAAGACGGGGCUGGAUCGGACCGGAUCGGAUCGGAUCAGGCCAGGUCAGGCCGCGCGGCCAGGCGGGCGGUUGACUGAAGCACCGAAACCGGGCCCGACGACGAGCUUUGAAGGGUGACGGUUUGGCGAGGAGCGGCCGUGUUUUCAGAAGGAAAAGGAGUGGGAGGAAGACGUUCGUUAAUAAGUGAACGAUAAAUGUGUCUAGGAAAUUUUAUGCACGGGGAGAGAGAGGGGAACGAAAAAGGCCCGAGACUUGUAGCGUGAACCGAGGGGGUGGCCCUGAGAAACCCGGGGCGCUGUGUUCGCGGAGAAGGGAAGGCGCCAUGGCUGGUACCAAUUACAAUUGCCUUAACCGAGCUCAACUGACCUUCGAAUACCUACACACCAACUCAACCACUCAUGAGUUUCUUUUUGGAGCAUUGGCUGAACUAGUAGACAAUGCCAGGGAUGCAGCUGCUACAAGAGUGGAUAUUUAUACUGUGCGAAAUGUAGAUUUGCGAGGAAUGUUCAUGCUGUGUUUUCUGGACGAUGGAGCUGGGAUGGAUUGCAAUGAGGCUGCCAGUGUUAUCCAGUUUGGGAAGUCUGCCAAAAGGACUCCAGAAUCUACACAAAUUGGACAAUAUGGAAAUGGACUCAAGUCUGGCUCAAUGCGAAUUGGCAAAGACUUUAUUCUGUUUACGAAGAAAAAGGAGACUAUGACCUGUGUUUUUCUUUCAAGAACGUUUCACGAAGAGGAGGGGAUUGAUGAGGUGAUAGUACCACUUCCAACAUGGAAUUCUAAAACCAAAGAGCCCAUUACUGAGAACCCUGAGAAAUUUGCCAUCGAAACAGAACUGAUCUACAAGUAUUCACCAUUCAAGUCCGAAUCGCAGGUCAUGGAACAGUUUGAUAAAAUCAAAGAGGAUAAUGGAACUUUGGUGAUAGUUUACAAUCUUAAACUGAUGGAUAAUGGGGAACCAGAACUGGAUGUUACCUCUGAUCCUACAGAUAUUCUGAUGGCAGGACCACAACUUGAAGGAAUAAAACCUGAGCGACGUUCCUUCAGGGCAUACACAGCUGUAUUGUACAUUGAUCCGAGGAUGAGAAUUUUCAUUCAGGGUCACAAGGUCCGAACAAAACGACUCUCCUGCUGCUUGUUUAGACCCAGAAUGUACAAGUAUACAUCAAAUCGGUUUAAGACACGUGCAGAACAGGAAGUCAAAAAAGCCGAGCAUCUGAUGAAAAUAGCUGAGGAGAAAUCACGGGAAGCAGAGAGCAAAGCACGGGCACUGGUAUUGAAGUUGGGAGAUGACUUGAGCAGGGAAUCGAGGGUUCAUCUGCGACAGGUGCAGGAUGCUGCGUUCAACCUAAGCCGAGAAGCUGAUGUGAAAAAACGAAUACAUGAGGCGAAACUCAGAGCUUUGAAAGAGCCAAAGGAGAUGUGCUUUAUUUUUGGUGUGAACAUUGAACAUCGUGACCUGGAUGGAAUGUUCAUUUAUAACUGCAGUCGUCUCAUAAAGAUGUACGAGAAAGUCGGACCGCAGCUGGAAGGAGGAGUUUCAUGUGGUGGAGUGGUGGGUGUGGUAGAUGUCCCCUACCUCGUUCUGGAGCCAACUCACAACAAACAGGACUUUGCAGAUGCCAAGGAGUAUCGGCAUCUUCUGAGAGCCAUGGGCGAGCACUUAGUGCAGUAUUGGAAAGACAUCGGCAUCGCACAGAAGGGAAUAUUGAAAUUCUGGGAUGAAUUUGGCUAUCUGUCAGCCAGUUGGAAUCAGCCGCCUUCUGAUGAGACAUUGUACAAGAGGCGACGUGCUAUGGAAAUCCCAACCACCAUUCAAUGUGAUCAAUGUUUAAAAUGGAGGACUCUUCCCUACAGAGUGGAUGAUGUUGGUAAGGAAUAUCCAGACAGUUGGACGUGCUCCAUGAGUCCGGACCAUGUACAGAAUCGGUGUGAUGCUCCAGAACAGAAACAAAAUGUUCCAAUAGGGACACUUCGAAAAGAGGUGAAAUCGCAUGAGGAGAAAAUACAGGCACAACAAAAGAAGUUGGAAGCAUUGAAGAAAAAUAUGCCUAUCCGUUCACAGGCAGAUUUAAAAAAAUUGCCACUGGAAGUCAGCAGCAAACCCUUGCUGGAGGGACAGUCAUCUGCAAGUAGUCAGCGACCACGAUCACCACCUCUAGCUGAUAUAAUCAAAAAUGCUCCAAGUCACCCACCUCCAACAAAGUCCCAGACUUUACUGCGAAAGGGAUCUGCAGCUAGAUCUGUGGGCAAAGUCGUGACCCCACACACCAGCUUUAAUAGUAAGAAAGCAGCAAUCAACACAGGGCGACCCCAGCAACGGCCAACAAUCUCUGCAAAACAAAAACCUUCCAAAGUUGGAUCUCAGCCUUCUACUUCCACGAGGAAUUCUCCUUCUAUCUCUGCAAGCGUGAAGAGUCAACAAUCGAAAGGAGCAAAAACCUUGGGACUCAGGAAAGACACUCUGAGUAGGGGAACACAGUCUGCAGGGACACGAAAGAGGAAUACAGCAAUAGAAAGCAGUGAGGAAGAGGAAAUGGAAGACGAGGAGGAAGAGGAGCAGGAAGAAAGGAAAGUGAAGAUAUCUGCAAAGGUUUCAGACUCGAAGCGCCUUAAAAAGGACAUAGCCGAUGUUGUGGAGAUUUCAGAUAGUGGAGGAGAGCUUGAGGAGGUGGAUGAGCCCAGCACUUCAAAAGAUAGAGGGCUUCUUGUAGAAGUUAAGGUUAAUAAGGAAUGGCAUACAGGCCGAGUCACUGAUGUUGCAACAAGUAAGCAGUCAGUGCGAUGGAAGGUCAAGUUUGAUUACGUUCCAACUGCAACUACUCCAAGAGACAGAUGGGUUGAAAAGGGAUGUAUGGAUGUACGGCUGAUGAAACCACCAUCUCCAGAAUACCAGACGCCUGACACACUUGGCGUGGAGGAGGACAUCUCUGUGGAAACAGGAUCAACUUCGGACAGUACAAGGAUGGAGCCAGACACUACACAACCAACAACCAGCAAAGAGACUGUGGAAGCGCUGGUGGUGAGCUUCAGAAAUGCAUUGCGAUAUUUUCUACCACCAAAUUACAGGAUAACAAAGGAGGAGUUAAGUUCAAUGACACCAGAAGAGUUGGCUUCAUUCCCACUGAAGGAUUAUUUUGAACAGUACGAGGAGGGCCUGAAGAACCUCUGCACUGCGUAUCAGACAAGGGCUGAAGAGCGUGUCCGAGCAACUGAGAAAAAGCUGCAGCAAAAUGAUGCAGAGCUGACAGAUGCACAGGAAAAGCUCUGUAAAUUGCGAAAUAACAUUGUAGAGUUGUUGCGGAAAGUACAAGAGGAUAUUGAAAUUAACACAGAUGAUGAACUUGAUGCGUAUAUUGAAGAACUAAUCACAAAGGUGGACUGAUGUGGAUGCUACCAUGCCUGCCACAAAGUGGGUCAGAAAGUCUGUUGGCACACUGCUGCAAAGUGGACUUUAAAAAAAGUUAGCAGUGUUUUAGAAAAGAGUUACUUCAUUUUGAGGUUUUAGCUUUAAAGUUUUACACCUUGUUCAUUGGGCUUGGAAUUUUGUAUUAUAUUUAUUAAAAAUACAACUGUA